UUUAGGCGUGUGCGUCGGGGUGGGGCCUCGGCAGCGUUCGAGGGCGGGGUCUGGAUGCUUCAACCCAUUCCCUCUGGUCUCCAGCCAGGAUUUGGCAGCCAUGGCUUUUCCCCGCGUGCGGCUGGUUGUCACCGCUGAUGACUUUGGUUAUUGCCCGCGGCGCGAUGAGGGCAUCGUGGAGGCCUUCCUGGCAGGAACUGUGACCAGCGUGUCACUGCUGGUCAACGGCACAGCCGCAGAGAGCGCGGCCGAGCUGGCCCGCAGGCACAGCAUUCCCACGGGUCUCCACGCCAACCUGUCUGAGGGCCGUCCGGUGGGCCCGGCCCGCCACAACGCCUCGUCGCUCCUCAGUCCAGAAGGCUUCUUUCUUGGCAAGAUGGGAUUUCGAGAGGCCUUAGCGGCUGGAGACGUUGCUUUGCCCCAGGUGCAGGAGGAGCUGGAAGCUCAACUCAGCCGCUUCCGGGAGUUGUUGGGCAAGUCCCCCACGCACGUGGACGGUCACCAGCACGUGCACGUGCUCCCAGCAGGCGUGUGUCAGGUGUUCGCCGAGGCGCUGCAGGCGUACGGGGUCCGCUUCACACGGCUGCCUGCAGAACGUGACGUGGGCAGCUGCGCGUGGCUCGAAGCGCCAGCGCGCGCCUUCGCCUGCACCGUGGAGCGCGAUGCCCGGGCCGCCAUCGGUCCCUUCUCUCGCCACGGCCUGCGGUGGACCGAUGCCUUUGUGGGCCUGAGCACUUGUGGCCGGCAUAUGUCUGCUCACCGAGUCUUGGGAUCACUGGCUCGAGCCCUAGAAGAUAUCCCUGCUGGCCACGCCCUGACUGCCGAGCUGAUGGCACACCCCGGAUACCCCAGUGUGCCUCCAGCAGGGGGCUGCGAGACUGCUCCUUGGAGUGUGACUCGACAGUGGAGUGCUCAGAAGGCUUUGCUGAGUUCUGCUAUGCUGGGAUACUGGCCAGCUUACAAAUGGAAAAUCAGUGUGAUCUAGGCCACACUGGAGGAAAAGGAAGGUACUCUGGAAGCUUCCUUCCUUGGACCUUGGGCAUAGCACUGGGUAUGUGGUCUGUACUGUCUGGUUUCCCAGGACUGCUAUCAUCCAGGAAAUGCUAUUUACCAGGCAAAUUGUGAGCUGGGCACCGUGCUGCACAGUCAGUCUCUCCUCAGCUUCACUAUCUGGGAAUAGUGCUGUUUGUUCACAGUGGACAUGGGCAGGGCAGGAAAAGUCCCUUGACUAGACUGCACAGCAUGUGUGGGGACACCUCGUAGGGCUAGAGAAUGACAUAUCAAAUAAAAGCUGAGUGCCUUAUAAGCUGCUUAUUCAGCAGUGAGGAAACCAUGAGCCUCGGGGAGUAAAAGGUAAGGAUAUAGGGAGUAUGGGACUUAUGAACUACAUACUUUAAGGGAAAUGAUGAGGAGGGAUAGUGAAGUGGGCUAAGGAAGGAACAUGAUUGGGAGUUCAAAGCCAGCGGUGCCCCAGGAAUGUCUGGAAGGAAAGGAAAAAUAAUGUGCCAGGAAGAUAUUCCUACAAGAUCUGCAGACACAACUCCAUGUCAUAGGCCUAGUUAGUGCUGUGCCCAACUGAGGUUACUGCUGUAGCUAUCUUAGCAGUAGCUAUCUGGGAACCCCAGUGAGUCUUCAGAUAGGACUAUGAUUCAAGGAAAUGGCCUAAGAUAGUCUUGAGUUCUGAGACUUUGAUCAAACCUCUCUCCUUGACUUGUUCUUCUCAACUUUGCUAAAUGAAGUUCAUAUUUCUUGGGGCUACAAGGAUGGAAGUGACAUGUGCCAGUCUCCUUGAUAUCUAUGGGGUCUCUGAGAUUUUUUUUCCCAGUGUUGACUCCCCCAUCUACUUCUACCUGGCAGAGAGAACUACCUGCAUGCCUCUUAGGAGGCUGAGAAGUGGAGGAAACAUUAGAGGCCCAGUCACUACUCUGUAGUCUCCAAACAGGCCCCCCAGCAAUGUCCAUCCCCAAAGAAACCCAUACACCCAAUCUAGUGUCUGAGAACAUCUUUAUUAAGGACAGAGUAGGGUCACAGCAUCUUAGAAAGCCUUCUCUGCCACUGUGGAAAGAGCAGGGUGAGACCAGGGCACUUCAAGGAACCAGGGGGGUGUGAAUUCCUUAGCCAACUUGGGUCAGGGGUGGGUGGCUGGCUGUUCCACAGGUCUCCCUGCCAGCUUGCUCAAAGCCUGCUCCAGGGCAGGGUUGGAAAGGACAAGGCAUGCAAGCCCAGAGGGACACCACUGACUCCAAGCCAGGCCUCUGCUUCCAGGGCAGGCCAUGGUUGUCAACAGUGGGGCUGAGAGUCCCUUGAGAGGGGCUGCUGGCAUAAGAGUACUCCCAUAUGAGCAGAGAACAGUGAGGGUAACAGGCAGGUAGAGCUAAGCAAUGAGAUAGCUGGACUAUCUCUAGAUUCAGAAAAGCAACAUCAACAAAAUGGUGGUUUGUUUGGACAAUUCUGACAGAGUUUGGCAUUUUAUUACAAAUCUGAAUGUGAGUGAAAUAAAAUCCAUUGUCACUUUUCUGCCAAUGAAGAGACAGACAUAGAAACACAGGCCCAGGGCUCUGACCAUCCUGGGCAUAUGGAAAUCUCCAGAAACCUGCCCCAUGCAUACCUAGAACUAAAGCAUAGUUCAUUUAUGCACCACAGGAGCCAAACACUUGGAAAACUAAAGUCACACUGCCUGAGAGGACAUGUCUCACUUCUUUAUAGGCAAAACUCAGAGCUGUUUUCCAAGUCUGUGAGCCUAGGUAGCCCCAAAGUUAUAGAACUAAGGUUAAAGCAGAAAGCAAGGUUUCUUGAGGCAAUCUUCUCCACAGGAUCUCAACCCCUAGUAGCAGAAGUGAGGUGGUGAGCAUAGGCACGGACAGGCCAUCAGCUUCCUCAGGGUGUCACUACUGCUUCAAGGACAGUCCCACUUCCCUUGAAAAGACAUUAACAUUCAAAUCUUGACAGUUCAUUUGAUGAUAAAUUCUAAGCUCAAAUUUUA